AUGGCGCCGCCUGUCGUCCCAUGGCCGCAAAAGCGUAAGGCUUCGACCUCGAACGAUUCAACCUCGAACAAGCGCACACGAUCCGUCUCGAUCUCCGUCAAAGUCUCCCACGAAUCCGUACUUGAAGGCCUACUUGGCAGUCGGGAAGUUCCUGUUGGGACCAAGAAUUCACAAGCGUGUCUCGGUGGCAUGCCAGAAGAGCUCCUCCUGCACAUCGCUGGAUAUCUAGACAUGAGCCCUGGUACACUUGCGAAGUUGUGCCUUACAAAUCACCGCUGCAAACGCGUUGCAGAAGAGGUGCUCUACAAGAACAUAGGCAGUCGGUCUCACGAUUGGGCGAAAGCGCAAUCGGUUGCUAGCAACACUACACUGGCUAGCCAUGUCCGCCACUUGUGUUCAGUGUUCGAUUGGAACGACAAAAUCCUGGUCCCUUGGGACGUGAAAGAUGAAGUGUUAGCCACUAGUGAUACAUACGACAAGAUCAUUGCCAAUGCCCACAAGAUUCAGACAUUCGCAUUGGAAGAAAUCGCUCCACAGCGCUUGCGCAGCUGGACCAACAAGUAUGAUUUCCUUGCGGGUGAAAUGAGUUGGUUGGACUUGUUCAAUCUUGCUGUCGCACAGCCGAUCGAGGGACAGACCAACCGUUUCACUCAUCUCAACAAACUCACGAUUGUCACCGACGGUUUGUCGCUCGAGAAGAUCUCAUGCGUGUUCCGCCUUCCGUCUCUUAACUCGCUCUUUCUCCAGGGUGUUCACCAGACGACGCCGUUCAAGGACUGGCCGAUCCCCACCUCGAGCAGCCCUGUCCGAGAGAUCGCUCUCAGGAAUGCGAUGAUGGACAUCUCCGCCGUGGUGCAAAUGAUCUCUUCAGUGAAGUCUCUCAGAAACUUCAUGUACGAACACAAUACCAUGGCUUGGGAGCCGUUUGGUGAUGACGACAAUCCAAUGUCAGUGUGGCCUGAGCACUCCUGGAAGCUCCUGGGCGACGCGUUGAGGAAACAUCAAGAUACCCUGGUGGAACUCUAUGCUUUCAGCUACUCCGACAAGGCGAUCUUAGACAUUGUUUAUCCUGACGGUCGAGAUCUUGAAACACUAGGAUCUUUCCGAGACUUCUCAAAGCUUCAGCACUGCGGUAUCCCAAUAGAAGCUGUCCUCGAUGCUGCGACUGCCGAGGAUGACUUGUCGGUGUACUUUCCCUCACACUUGAAGCGGUGGUACACCCACAUCACACCAGGAACCCCAAAGCUCUUGGAAAGGUGCGUUCCCGCGUUAGCAUCCUUGAGAGAUAUUGUCUGUCUGGGUCAAGAGAAGACCGUUCGCGUGGUCCUGUUGAACGGUCUACCAUUCCAGGCACUCGGGCUCUCUCGUGCUUUUGCAGAGUUGGAGGAAGCUGGUAUCAAGCUCGAGAUCCGCUAUGAUUACGACAUGAUCACGUUGGAAGAGUUGAAACGAUUAGAGGCACCUUCUGAAGAGGUAGAGUCGGAUGAGGAGUCUGACGAAGAGUUGAUCGACCAACCGGAAGCCGAGAUCGAUGAGGAGGAAGGUUAUGAGUUAUCGGACGUGACUGAACAGGAGAUUGCGGACGUGUUGGACGGCAACAGCCAAGCCUCUUUUACUACGCAAGAUGCAGUGAACGCCAAGAUGAAGUUCUCGCUCGCUGUGUUGGCACUCCCAAUCGCCGUCCAGGCUGCGCAAUUCUCCAAGUCGGAGUAUGCCUCUGGUGCAAUUCAUCAGAAGUUGAUGAAGUUGAAGGCUGACCAAUGGGAUCAUGAUGCAGCCGAAGGCAAGCAAGACUCUCGUCAAUGGAAGUCUUGGAAGAGCUGGAAGAAGGGUUCUUGGGGAAGUGGCAAGGAUAAACGCAUCAAGUGCAAGGAUGGUCUCGCCGUCGUCGAGCAAGGCAAUGCGAACCAGACGUUCAGGUGUGACAACAUGGAUCUCUACGACUUCGUCAACCAUGCCGACAUGGGCGGCCCUGAAGGCCAGGGCAGCUCUUCUUGGGGCUGGACAGCUCGCAACGGCCGCGAGUUCGGUAUCGUCGGCCAAUUUUCAGGUGCUGCGUUCGUUGAGAUCCUCAAGGACGGCCAGAUCCAGUACAUGGGUCGUCUUCCUGCGCAAAGUGUAGGUUCGCGGUGGCGCGAGAUCCGCGUGCUGAACGACUACGUUAUCAUCGGUUCUGAGGCUGUUGGUCACAACGUCCAGAUCUUCGACAUGAAGAAGCUUCUCGAUGUUAGCCCCGACAGCCCGAAGACCUUUGACCCCAAGACAGACCUUGUUGGCUUGUGGGACGAGUUGCCCAUCGGACGUACCCAUAACGUGGUUGUUGACUGGGACAACGAGUACAUCCUCGCCGUCGGUGCCCAGCCCCGAAACCAGACCUGCAAGGCCGGUCUCCAGUACAUCGAUCUCGCCAACCCUGGCAAGCCUACUUCUCCCGGCUGUGCCAGCCAGGACGGAUACGUACACGAUGCUCAGUGUGUCACCUACAACGGUCCUGACCGAAAGUUCCGCGGUCGCAACAUUUGCAUUGGCUACAACGAGGACACCGUCACCGUCUACGACUCCACCAUGAAGAACGGCAACCCUGCAUCUGAGGUCAUCUCGACUCUCUCCUACCCCGGAGCUACCUACUGCCAUCAAGGAUGGUGGACUGAGCGCAACUGGCACCAAUACGUCCUCUUGAACGAUGAGCUCGAUGAGCAAGAGGCCGUCGGUCCAGCUGCAUCCGGCCGCCCUGUCACCCACAUCAUCGAUUUCACCGACCUCCGCAACCCUAAGGCGACCGGUACUUUCUAUGCCACCGACAGCAAGGGCAUCGAUCACAACCUCUACAUCGUCGAUGGACUUGCCUACCAGAGCAACUACGGUGCUGGUAUCUGGGUACACGAUGUCCGCAGCAUCAGCAAGGACCCUACUGGAAAGAGCGUCAAGACUGAGGGUUUCUUCGACAUCUACCCUGAGGACGACUCUGUUGGUGGUAUUGUUCAGUUUGUUGGAACCUGGUCGCACUUCCUGUUCCCCUCUGGAUACAUCCUAGUCAACACCAUUGAGCGUGGUGCUUUCACUGUCAAGCUCGCCAGUGGUCGCGGAGCUAAGCGCGGUCCAGGCUUUGGCGGUAAGUCCAAGGGAAAGGGCAGGUGA